AUGGAUUCUGAUAAAUUGAACGACAUAUUCGGUUCAGAUCCUACCAGAAGAAACUGUACGAUAUUCCAUUCGAUUGCUGACUCUGACUGUGACGAUAUUCUUGAUAGAAUAUUUAACAAUUCUGAAGAUAAAGCUUUUCAGCACAUACUAAAACUCAAGAAUAACGACGGAAAAACGUGUCUCCAUAAAGUCGUAAGAUCCCGAAGUGGAAGUGAUGCUGACGAGAUGAUAUCGUUGAUGAAAGCUAUGGGAGCAGACUUGAAUGCCCAGGAUAAUGCAGGAGACACUGUUUUGCAUAAAGCAGUGAAAAAGCGGGACCACGAGCUGGUAAAAGGAUUAGUAGAGAUGUGCGCCGAUAAAAGCAUUAAUAAUAAUGAUGGAUUGACGGCUUAUCAAAUUGCAGAGCAAAUCAAUGAAGAAGAAAUAAUGAAGAUACUUUUAAUUAAAGAAGAUAAUAGUUAUGAGCGUUCAGUGAGCCCGUCUGUUCCGAUAAGCUAA